CGCGAUCGAGCAGCAAGCCAGCGACAAUCGAAUCGACUCCCUCCACCAGAGCGCUUGGUGUGAUAUUCCAGUCUGUCUUCAACUGUUGCGGGAUAGACCUGAGUCGCAAUAAUGGCCGUCGGAAAGAACAAGCGCUUGUCGAAGGGCAAGAAGGGCAUCAAGAAGAGGACUGUUGAUCCCUUCUCCAGAAAGGACGAGUACUCCUUGAAGGCUCCUUCAACUUUCCAAAUCAGAGAUGUUGGAAAGACCCUUGUCAACCGUACCAGCGGCUUGAAGAACGCGAACGACUCGCUUAAGGGCCGCAUCGUCGAGGUCUCCCUUGCCGAUCUGCAGAACGACGAAGACCAUGCCUUCCGCAAGGUCAAGCUCCGUGUCGACGAGAUCCAGGGAAAGAACUGUCUGACCAACUUCCACGGACUGGACUUCACUACCGAUAAGCUCCGUUCCCUCGUGCGCAAGUGGCAGUCCUUGAUCGAGGCCAAUGUCACGGUCAAGACCACUGAUGACUAUCUUCUCCGUCUGUUCGCCAUCGCUUUCACCAAGAGACGCCCCAACCAGAUCAAGAAGACCACAUACGCCCGCUCCUCCCAGAUCCGUGCCAUCCGCAAGAAGAUGACGGAGAUCAUUCAACGCGAAGCCGCCAGCUGCUCUCUCGCCCAGCUGACUACCAAGCUGAUUCCCGAAGUCAUUGGCCGUGAGAUUGAGAAGGCUACCCAGGGCAUCUACCCUCUGCAGAACGUCCACAUCCGCAAGGUCAAGCUCCUGAAGUCCCCCAAGUUCGACCUCGGUGCGCUGCUUAACCUGCACGGGGAGUCUACGACUGAUGACAAGGGCCACAAGGUUGAGAGGGAGUUCAAGGAAACGGUUCUCGAAAGCGUUUAAGGUUGUCAUCACUCGCUGAUCCUGGAUGCUGUUUCCUCCUGUCAUCUUAAGUUAACCGUGUCACUAUUUCAAUCAUGACAAAAAUGAGUUAAAAUCUGUAUUACAAUCAGCC